CACAUUCUUCAAGGAGCUACUUAUCUUGGCUGCGUCACUUAAGUAUACACACUCCUUCCACCCUGCCUCUUCCUUCGUCGUCCUCCACUUUUGGACUUCAACCCUUUCUUAUUGUGAAAUUUUAAGCGACAACGGAUCCUGAGCGUCAUCGACUUCUAGCUCCACGGCUCGAACAGCUAAUUCCAGACCUCUCCCCCACACCCCCAAAAGAAAAAGACUUCAGUCUUUUUAACAAUGGAUGUGGGGAUGUUGGAGAUCCCUGCCGAACUGUCGGCAAGGUUUCGGAGGGCAGCAGGAUAUCGACACUCGGCAACAGUGACGGAGGUUGCAUCUCCGCAAGUAAAGGCAACACACAACCUCACUCUGCCUCAAGAUGUAGACAGAUACCCAUUCUCUCACUACGCCAAGUCCAUACUAAAGGACACAUGGAUCCAACCUCAGGGAACCCCCCUCCAAAGAGCUCUGACCCCUCUUGGACCAGAAGAUGCCCGCACUGCGCUGGAAAUUUAUAAACUGAUCAUGCGAUUCACAGGUGAGUCAGACCUCAGCGACUCAGAGGAGCAGUUGUUGGGAAACUACAUCAUUGAGAAAGGACAGAACCGACCUGCCUUGAGGGAUGAGAUCCUGGCCCAGUUGGUUUACCACACAUGGGGCCUGGGUAAUGAACAUCACAGCCUGCAAGGCUGGUUGCUGCUGGCCUGCUGCCUCUGUGCCUUCACUCCAUCAGCAGAACUAGAAAAACCCCUGCUAAAGUAUGUUUCUGACUACGGACCCAUGCAGUACCGUUCACUGUGCCAACACAAGCUGCUCAUAUCCAUGCAACUCCCAGCACCCACUUCCCGUAUUUAUCCCCCAACUCAGCUGGAAUGGACCGCCAACAGAAGGAAAGGCACAAUGCUUGUGGAUGUAUAUACAGUCAACGAAGAGAAGCUCACAGUUGAAGUGGAGUCCUGGACAACAGGAGAAAAGCUGGCCUCCUGGCUUCUCCAUGCCAGAGGUGCGAUCGAAGCAACACAGGGAUGGUCUGUGUCUCUUCUGACUGAUGAUGGGUGGUCUGAUUUGGCUGGAUCAGACUUUGUCAUGGAUCUGCUUGCUGGUGCUGAGGCAGAAGUACUGCCACCAGGCACGCCCUUAUCGACCAAUUCUGAUUACCUAUUCAGUGCCCAGGAUGAGCGGUUACCAGUCACAGAUCUCGAUGACUUCAUUCCGCCAGCACCUACCAUUGAAGCUCCUGGAGUUUCUCAUUUUCACAGAACCCUUUCGGGAAGCGACUAUCCACAGGAAGGCCAUCGUCGACAGAUGGAUGCAUAUGUUGAUGACUUAUUUGACCUGGACCAAGGACAAUUGGACAAGGAUAGAGUGGCUGUGCUAAACCGCAGGAUGAGAGGGAGAGGAGGUAUUGGACCAAUGCAGCCUGGUUUAUACAGCUCUGGUAUGCCUACUUUGAUGUCAGGUUAUCCCAUGGGAAUGCCAGUCAGCCCUUCAAUGCCAAACUAUGGCGCAACUCCCAUGAUGCCAGCUAUGACAGCCAUGCACACUAUGCCAGCCAUGAUGAUGCCUCAUGUUCCCUCAGUCACUGACCCCAUGCAAAUGGCAGCCACACAGCAAGCCCUCAUCAACCAGCAGGCGAUGUUUAUGGCGCAGCAGAUGACUAUGCAGGCAAUGACUCUGUCCCAGCAGCAGACACAAGAGCAGCAGAGGUUGAGGGAACAGGAGAGGAAGCGGGAAGAGCAGCAGAGGUUGAGGGAACAGGAGAGGAAGCAAGAAGAGCAGCAGAGACAAACGCUCACAACUUCCACCCAAUCUCAACCUGCAAGGCAGCCUAAUCCACUUUCGGUGAAGGAAGUGGAUUCACGCAAUCAAGAUCGCCCGCAGUCUUUUAAAGAUAAAAGGCAGUACUUCCACAAUAUUGGUGAGGCUACCCAGGUUUCUCCCUCUACCGGAUUCAAACAGCAACAACCUGCACCGUCAGCACAGCCGUCCCCUCCUCCUGUAGCACCUAAACCAAAGGUAAAGCGGAUCCCUGUGCCUGACAGCAAAACAGAAAGUCCAACAACAUCUCCGCCGUCCUCUGAACCAACCUCCAACAUUCGUGAAAUCAUCAAAAAGUUCAACAGUCGACCUCCACCAGAACCCAAAAACUUUGAGCCUAUCCGAGCUCCUGCGAGGCAAUUUGUCAAGAAGGUAGAUCCCAAACAGGAAGCUCUUGCCAAACUCAGAAACAAAGCACCAGUGCCGGAGAAAAAGAAACAAUGGGUCAAAUCUCCACCAAUGGAAAAGCAAUCUCCCCCACACACUCCAUCCCCACAGUCUUCUCCUCCGUCUACAAUGGGCCGUCGUGUCAUCUCUAAUAACAUGAGGCAGAAGCAGCGCUCCCUAGAAGAUUUGUUUGGCUCACAGCGCCGUCGACAGGUUUUACCACCUCCCCCCGAUUCCCCGCCACCUUCUGUACUUGACGACAUCCCGGACCCACCGACCAUGCUUGCACCAUCUCUGAGUAUGAUGCCAGACGACGAAAGCUGUCACUCUCAACUUUCUCAUUAUUCCCCUGGUGUUUACUUCUCUUUCUCCGUAAUGCCUGGAAAACUCUUCCUGCGCAAAGAGGUGUUUUACCCCAAAGACACGUUCAACCAACCCUACAUCCUCAAUCUUUUAUGUGAACAGAUCAUGACUGACACCUACUCUGAUAACUGUGUGAAACUAAGCAGAGAAGAAAGAAGGAAGAUGAAAGAUCUGCUUGCGAAUCUUAAUGUGGGAACGAUGCCCAACAGUUGGGAUGACAACAUGAAGAAAAGGAUUGUCAUUGCUGCUCGGGACAAUUGGGAAAACUACUUUUCACGCCUAUUUCCCGUUAAGUCAGACAGUGGUGACGCUCAGAUAUUGGGUGUGUGUCAUCGUGGGAUUCGUCUCCUGAGGAUAGUUGCGGCAUCCGGCAUCGAUCCGAAACACCUCCGCUUACUUCGAAGCUACAGCUUUGCAGAGUUGCUGUCGGUCGAACUCUGUGGCACAAACCAAGUGCAACUGGAGCUGACAAAUGAAAACCUACAGCUGCACUCCUCCAGAGCCCCUCAAAUAAUUGCCAUGGUUCAGUUCUUCCUCAAAGAGCUCAUGAAGAAUUCUGGCCACGUGGUUGCCUUGAAGAGCUUUGUAACAGAUGACAAGAGCCUGCUUAGCUUCAGCAAAGGUGAUGUCAUCAAGUUGCUACCAAUGGAGGGACUCCAGGCAGGUUGGCGUUUUGGCACAAUGGGAGGACGGUCUGGUCUUUUCCAAGAGGAUCUAACCCAACCGUCUGCUGCAUUGGACUACCAUAAUCUCCAACUGGAUCGAAGAGAUAAUCGGUGGAAAAGCAUGAGAGGUGCAAGAGCUUUCAGUCAAGAAAAAGAAGCUCUGAUUCCCAUUGGCAAGCAAAUUGACAACACUGAGUCCGAGUGGAUGACGGGAGAUGUCUCAUCUCAGAGAACAGCACAGACAUCCAUCCAAGAGUCACUUCAAGAGUUACCGAGGCCAAACAGUGAUUCGGAGUGGCAGAGAAAUGUCUCAUCUCAGAGAACAGCACAGUCAUCCAUCCAACGGUCACUUCACGAGUUACCGAGGCCAAACAGUGAUUCGGAGUUGCAGAGAAAUGUCGCAUCCCAGAGAUCAAUACAGAUGUCUGUCCAGGAAUCAGUUCAAGACAGAGAGAUCCAGAUGUCUGCAAUGGUUGAGUUUGCCAUGAAAUUUUUUAGAAUGAAAAAUGACGGCUCCAAAGCAAGUGUCAAGACUUUUAAUGAGGCAGUUGAAUUCACAAAGGUACCCAUUCAAGAGUCCCUAAUUCUCUACAAUGAACCUGACAGCAAUGAUUUAUCAGUCCAAUGCUUUAGCAAUGUGAUGCAGUUCAUGGGUGAUACAGCCAUGAAAAAGCGAACCACUCAAACAGACUGUCUGAGUCACAUCUUGCUGCUCGGAAAGGAAAGAGAACUGCUGAGAGAUGAAAUCUACUGUCAGGUUAUCAAGCAAACCACCAACAACCAUACUAAAUCCAGCUGCAUUCUAGGUUGGCGUCUACUCUACCUGAUUGCUGGGUUUUUCCCUUGUUCUGGUAACCUAGUGCCCUAUGUUACACGCCACCUGCAUGACAUCGCGACAGACCCUGAACACCAUUACCGAGAGCUGGUAUAUGUGUGUGAGGAUAACCUUCAGCGAUCUCUCAAUUUUGGUGGUCGCCGUAACAUCCCUUCACAUGUCGAACUGGAAGCUAACCUGGCGGGCAAAUCCUCACAGCUCAUUUCUAUCCAGCUGCCAGGCGAAGUGAAAUUCCCUGUCAAGAUACAUAGCUUCAGUAUGGCAGCAGAUGUGAUCAACGAACUCUGCAAAGAAAUGAGUAUCUCGAAUCCCUCCGAAAUGAAUGAAUUCUCCAUCUUCGCCCACCGCCAGAAAGACGGGAUGGUGCGCCCUCUCCAUUCGAGUGAGUACCUGAUGGACUUUUUGCUGGACGAUGGCUGCAUCUUCUUGUCAAUAAGAAGAGUGAUGUGGCAAAUUCCUCUGUGCUUCAACAACGAUUUAUAUGUGGAGUUUCACUAUCAACAGCUCAAGGAGGACUACUUGAAUGGCCUUCUCCAGCUCACUCCUGCUGCAAAUGGGUCCUCAUCAGUCCAGCAGAUUUCAGAGCUGGCAGUCCUGCAGCACCUGGCUCAGGGACUGAAAAUACAGCUCUCAGUGUUGGAAAUCAAGAAAUACUUGCCUGCUCAGGAGGGGCAGAACGUGAAUAUAGAUGGGAUCCACUCUCUCUGUUUAAACAAGAUAGACGCCAUGAAGGCUCUCAGCCCACUCGAUGCCAAAAUACAAUUUAUUGUGCUUCUGACUGAGCAACAUUUGUUUGGCUCCAACAAUUACUUGGCCCAGAAAGUCAGCCAGCGUGGAUGUCCUUCCCCUUGCAUCGUCAGUGUCAACCAUGAAGGAGUGCAAUUUCUUCAUCCUAAAACACAGGAGAAAGUGUUUCAAAUCCCUCUCACAGAUGUUCAGUCCAUGCGCACUGUGCGACCCAAAAAAGCAGGAAGACUACCAUCGAUGGAAAUCAGUUAUGGAACACCAAAUAAGUUCCAAAAAAUAACAAUUCAGCUCAAACAGGCCAAGGAGCUGUGUCACAUCCUUGCUAUGAUAAUGGAAGAGUUGAUCCGUCCCUCAGUCGCCAGUUCCAUCUCAAAUUUCCAGUAGACACACUCCACUUUCUCUUUAAAACUAAUGCAUACAACCAUUUAUACUCACAAUCACACCUAAAGACAAUU